UUCCUCCAUGGAUAAUGAUAAGGAAAAGCACAGUGAUGAGCUCAUGAGUCGCAUUCGGAAUGAGCUGACAGCCAUUAUGUCGCAGCAAGCAACUGGCGAUUCCGAGAGGCAGAUAACAAACGAUCUGCUUUUGAGUCCCAAUCCUCUGCCCAUUUUCGGGGCAAUAAAGAAGACUAGGCCCAUAAAAUCGGGGAAAUCAAAGAAGAAGGUGGGUAAGACCUCAUCUGCAGGCAGUGCAAAGAGUUCGUCGGCGGCAAGCAGUUCCACUAAAGAUCGCUUGGCGGGAGGAGAUGGCCAGAACAAGGAUUCGAGUGCGACUUCCACUUCCUCCAGCUAUUCGCUGAGAUCGGGCUAUGAGGGCCCGCCCAAAGAUCGCAGUGCCCGAGCCGAGUUCAUGGAAUCGCAUGCGGCCAAGAGCCUCGACGACGAUGUGCAGAAGAUGCAGUUGGAGCUGAAGCAGAGCUACGAGCUCUUCCAGGGCAUCGGCGAGAAGUUCGAGUCGGUUAACUUCACGGGCUUGAAGAACCGCAUACGGGACUUGAACCUGAACGACUCCAACAACCAGAUGGGCAAGGCAACUACCCAGGAGCUGCAGAAAAUGUUCGACCAGCGCUUUCUGCAGAAUCGCCUGGACAAGCUGACCACGGACGCCACGCAGGGAUUCCGCCGGCAUCCCGGUGAAUUCGGUGACAUCCCAGAGCUGAGCACAUUCUUCAGGGCGUGCACGCAACUGGAGCGCGGAUUGGAUGCACUGCGUCAGCAGCGACGGCGCAACAGCGAGCUGGAGAAGCGCCUGUGCUGGGCCACCGAGAUAGCCUACGAUCGCAUGGACGAGAUUCGCAAUGCGGUGGGCUCCGAUCCGGAAAAGAACUUCUGAAUGGCCAAUAUGGAGAUAUUUCU